AUAUUUUAUCUAAUAGCAUGCUUGGAUUAGUAACUCUUAUACAUUGUCCCUCUUUCUGGCGAAACCUCUCAUAAUGCCAAAAACAGAACUUUAGCUUCAGAUGAUACUAGUAUUAUGGGUGUUAAGGUAGAAAAAUCAGCAGAGUUUUCGUAUGAGAAACUAGCCAAUGCCACAAAUAACUUCAGUUUGGCUAAAAAGAUUGGUCAAGGUGGUUUUGGUGAAGUCUAUUAUGGAGAGCUCAAUGGCGAGAUAUGUAUAUGGAAGUGUUUCUCCCAAAAUAAAUGUAUAUGCUUUCGGAGUUGUUCUAUAUGAGCUUAUUUCUGCAAAAGAAGCUUUGAUGAGGAGUGGUGGUGCAUCUGGUGCUGAAUUGAAGGGCCUUGUGGCUUUGGUGAUUAUUAAUGACUUUGCCAUGGAGUUGCUUCAGAUCGAGACGCAGCGCAAGGACGAAGCUCGCAGAGAAGCCCUUAAAGUUGCCAAUGAGGAGCGCAAGAAGCUCAAGGCCGAAGCUGCACAAAUCAGGGCUCAGGAACGAGGUGCUUUGGUAGCAACAUUGGAUUUCCUUGAGAUUUGUGCUGGCUUCAUGAUGAUAAUUGGAAACUUUCUACCCCAGGGUGAACUUGAAAUAUCAUCAGUGACAAAUGCUGGGGUGAACUUUCUACCCCAGGCAUAA